GUAGUGCCGACUGCCGCCUCUGGAGGCGCGGCGGUUCACGCUGGAGAGGUGGGGAGAGCAUCUUCGGCCACGGACUGUCCGGCGGAGGUGCCGGGAUUUCUGAGAAGCUCACUCAGAUAAAAUGGCCAAGUAUUAUUGCGAGUAAUCACAUCAACUGUUCCUAUCUUCACAUCCUUUAUACGUCAUGGGACCUGAUGGCAAUUUCCUAACUACUGGAGUCCUUCAUAUCAUUGUAUGGGGUAGCUUGGGAGCCAUGGCAGUGCUUCUGGUAUUUAGUUUUCUCCUCUUUCUCUGCUCUGGUUGUGACAGGGAGAAGAGGCCUGAGCAACAAAAUGGGGACCAUGAAAAUCUGAUGAAUGUGCCUUCAGAUAAAGAGGCAUUUAGUCACUCUGUCACAAGUCUGGCUACAGAUCCAAUUGCAAGCAGUGAACAAAAUGGUGGACUCAGUAAUGGAGAUGUUCUUUCGGAAGAUAGUACAGCUGCUUCUCUCCAACCUUACGAAGAAGUGCAAACCUCUGUUACAGAUCUUUUGGAUCAACAGGACACAUUGGGAAGAUCUUUAAAAUGUCAUCAAAGUAGAGAGCUACCUAGCAUUCCUCCAAAUAAUGCCAUGGAAACAAUUCUCACCACAAGAAAUGCAGAAAAUGACCAGAGUUUGGGAAUGGAGGGGCCCUAUGAAGUGCUGAAAGAUAGUUCCUCCCAAGAGAACAUAGUAGAAGACUGCUUGUAUGAAACAGUGAAGGAAAUUAAGGACCUGGCAGCCAACUCAGAGAAAUGCAAACCAAAGACUACUGUAAUGGUUAACGGAAUUUUAAAUCAUGUCCUUGAGAAGAAGACAGAAUCAGCAGAAUAUGCAUCUGUUGACAGAAAUAAAAAAAGUUGCCACAGUGUUAAUUCAGAGAGUCCUCUUAGCAGCACUACUCCAGAUGUGGAAGAAGAUGCUCCACCUCCUGUACCAAUAAAACUUCUUGAUGAAAAUGAAAAUGUACAGGAUAAAGGAGCCAAAGAAGAGGAGGAAGUAAUGGAAAGGCUUAAUGAACCCGACAAGAGGCUUAGUUCAUUGAUUUAUAAAUCUCGAGAAGAUGACCCAUCUCUUACAGAAGAUGAGAUUUCAGCAAUGUAUUCUUCUAUAAAUAAAACAGGACAACCCUCUAGAGACUUGGAAUCUACAUAUACCUGUAUUCCUGAACUUGUACCUCAGAAGUCUCCAUCUAUUUGCAGUGGCCUCUAUGCCAGUGUAAAGGACUUGGAAACAAAUCCAAACCUUACUGAUUUGCCUCAGUCAACAAUACUUCUAAAUGGGGACUUGGAACCAGACUAUGAAGCAAUUCAAACUCUAAGUCGAGAGGAGGAAAGAAAUGUUUUGAUGUCUAGCACCAUUCAAACCAUCCUCCCACAAGAGAAUGACUAUGAGAGUAUUGGUGAUUUGCAGCAAAAUAAAGAUGUCACCAGGCUUUAACUGAUUCAAAAGCAAGACUUCGGAACAUGCUGUCUUUAAGAUGGGUUUACUCCAUGACGUAUCACUUGCAAACUUAACACACAUUUGGAAAUGUAAGAUGGCCAAAAAGUAUUUUGCUUGACAUGAUGUCAGAUGAUGUCAAAACUUAGCCUGGGAUGUUUGAACAAUGAUUCUUGCUUCAUAUCCAUCAAACUAUCAUACAGAUAUGAACUUACCCUAACAAGGCAAGUGCUCCUUUUGAAGAACCAAGAUCACAUGGAUGAAAAACACACACACACAAAACAAAAUUGCUGCUGUUUCAUCAAUGUGUACAGUGAUUUUUCUACUCCCAUAUGUGAUGUUAUCACAACAACAUAUAGAUAAAAUCAGAAUCAAAUAUGAUCCUGGAAAUGCUUCUAUAGAAGAGACAUGUUGAACCAAGAACGACAUGUUUGGAGCACACGUUCAGACACAUACUCAUAUCCUAAUAUAUAAAAGUGGUACUGUCAAAUAAGGGCCUUUUUAAAAGAUCUUUACUUUCAGUUACUUCAACCAUUUUAUUAAAAUGUAUUCCCAAAUUACAAAUUCAUUUAGGUUGUUUUCAAACAUAGGCACAGCUUGCCAUAAAAACUAGAUAAAUUUAGUGGGCUAAUUUGCUUUUAAUUCAUUG